AUGUCCGGAAGUGUACUAGCAGAACUUUUGACGCUCCUCUAAUCUGACGGGUUGGUCCAAUACAUCGCCAAUGGAUCCGGGUGAUAUAAAUGUAGGAUGUUCUGGUCGUGCGGCUCGCUGCCGUGUGUUAGGCUGUUAGCUCUUUAGCAUAUUAGCUCUCUCUGUCAGUCAGUAAAGGAUUCAUUCGGAGUUGGAAAUUUUCUUCUGAACAUGUCCAUAAUAGACGUCAAUGACUACUUCUUGUACAACCUCCCAGCCCAGGUCAACUUCGAGUUCUGCCGGGUCAUGGAUGGAUUGUCAGACCAGGACUGGACACGAUUUGCGUCAGAAGUCCUUGGAGAUCAAGUCAAUGUGCGGUUGGCUGAGAGGAAGGAGAGGCGGACCGACUAUGUGAUGAACCAAUGGGCAAAUAGGAAUGGUCGUGUUGGUGAACUGCUAGACCUGCUGAAGCGUCACCAGCUACUUCGCCAAAGAGACAUGAUCCUGGACUGGGCGUUGUCUUUGAAGGCUCCUCCCUUUGCUCCUCCUCCUGUUAUCCCCGCUCACUUUAAUCCUGCUGCCAAAUCAGGGAUUGUUCCACCCACAACUACAGCUCACAAUAUCAGCACUACAGGAGAAGUAGGAGGACUACCCCGGCCGGCCCCACCCCCCUCAAGUUUGCACUCUGCUCAACCUAGAACCCUCCAGACCCCCCCGGUGGUGACGUGUGGCAAUGUCGGCGAUGGAGUGAUGUGCUGGUCUUAUAAAGAGGUGUAUGAUGCGACUCAGGGGUUCUUGGCAGCACUGCAGGUUGGUGAAGGAGGCUUUGGAGUCGUCUACAGAGCAUUCCUAAGAAACACGGACUGCGCGGUCAAGAGACUCAAACAGGACUGCGUUCUGGACUCGACCAUUCUAAAGAAAAGCUUCAACACUGAAGUGGAAAAACUCUCAAAGUUUAGACAUCCAAACAUUGUGGACCUACUUGGAUUCUGUCAAGGACCAAGUGUUUGUCUCAUAUACAGCUACAUGGAGAGCUCCCUCGAAGAUCAGCUACACAAUGUGUCCCCUUCCCUCGCCUGGUGUCUGAGGGUCCGUAUAGUUCAUGAAAUAUCAACAGCUUUGCAGUUCCUCCAUUUUCCCCCAGAUGGACAUGACUCUGUUAUUCAUGGCGAUGUGAAGAGUUCAAACAUCCUUUUGGACAGCCAUCUGGUGGCAAAGCUGGCUGAUUUUGGCUUGGCACGCUUUGUGUCUCCCAAAUCAUCGUGUAGUCUGGCAUCCAAGAGAACCACAUUAGGUCAGACGUCCACUGUGAAAGGAACGCUGGCAUACCUACCACAGGAGUACAUAAGGAACAGGCAGCUGGGGACGGUGGUGGACGUUUACAGCUUUGGUGUGGUGUUAUUAGAAGCACUGACUGGUCGGCGAGCUCUGGAAAAAGACAGCAAUUCGAAAGACAUUUACCUGAAAGAUGUAGUCCAGGAAGUUCAUGAAGACCCAACUGCUUGCUACAAAGCGGCAUGGAGUAAACAGGUGGACCGUCGCCUGAUAACAGGGGGUGCCACAGAGCUGGUCGGGAGCAUGGAGAUAGCAGCACUGGCCUGCAGGUGCCUUGACAGGAAAUGGAAGAACAGACCUGCCAUGACUGAGGUGUUUAACAAACUCCAGGACAUCAGAGAUCUCCAUUCCUCUCGCUGUGUCCCACCUGAAUCCCAUCACACUUCAGACUCCAGUGUGGAGGUUUUGAGCCAGCAUUUGUCCAAACUGGGACCACUCGAGGACACCUACCAUCCUCCCAGACGCACCCUACCCCCUUCUUCUUCCUUCUCUAACAUCUCCUUACAUUCUUGCAUAGGUCCUCCCCCCAUACAUGCUCACUACUCUUCUCUACCACUUCACCCAGCGACCCAUAGUCACCUCCACGCUCCCUCCUCCCUUCCUCCCCUCAGAUCUUCUCUACCUGCUCCUUCCUCCUCAUUUGAGGGUCCUUGUGAAACAGAUGAGAGUCGAGGUUUCUCCCAGUAUGACCUUUCCACUGGGGGGCAGUUCCACUCCAAACAGUUAUCUACACCCAUCAGAGACCAGUACCAUAAUCUAUCUGGGCCUAUAAAGUCCCAUUCCACAGAGCCUUCUGAGGACCAAUACAAUUUCAAUGACAGAAUAGGACUUGGUCUCUCACCCAUGCCCCCCAGUGGCCCACAGAUUGGAGCUGGACCAAGAUCAGAUGUCCCAGAAUUCUUAUCUCCUCCAGGUCCUCUCCAGUCACUGUGUCCCCAGGCCUCAGAUGGCGUCCAGCCUCGGGAAAAUUACAGGGGUCCAGAAGAGAGUGAUGAGUUGGAAUAUCUUCCUGCUACAGACACCUGACACGUGAAGAUGAUGUAAACACCUGUAAAUUAGUUUUACUCCACUAAAAUAUUAUUGGACCAAGAUAAAAAUCAAGAAUCUGACCUAGCCACAUGCUGAACCUGGAUUGAAAGCUGCACUGAUGACAGAAUGUGCUCACUUCAUAUGAAAAUGCCCCCAUGAAUGUCACGUAAAGUUGACAACUGAUUCAUUCCUCUUUACUGAUAUUCAGGCAUCACAGUUCUCGUUGAUGUGCUGGAAUACCAAAUGGAUACAGUUCAUAUUGUGAGAAGUUGUUACAAUGUCAGUGCAGUGUUCAAACUGUGCAUUACUUUAAAAAAUAAGCCUCAUUCACUAAUAGAUGGUUUUUACUCUGCACAAAUCAAGCGUAACCCAAAAUCGUCGUUCAUGACGUGUAUCCUUAGGAAUAAAUCGGUUUGUAAAAUUUGCCGAUUGA